CCACGCAUGCGCAGACGGACACGAAAACAAACCGAGGUCCUUCCCGCUGAUUCCUUUGGGUCGCCAUGGAUUAUGAGUGGAAAGAGAAAUUAAACAAUGAAAGGGCCAAGGUCGAGGAUUUAUUUAGUUACGAGGGUUGCAAGGUCGGCAGGGGAACGUAUGGACACGUGUAUAAGGCGAAGAGGAAAGAUGGGUUGGACACAAAAGAAUAUGCCCUCAAACAGAUAGAAGGCACUGGAUUAUCUAUGUCAGCAUGCAGAGAAAUUGCAUUGCUACGAGAGUUGAAGCAUCCAAAUGUAAUAAACCUCCAGAGAGUAUUCCUUUCACAUGCAGACAGAAAAGUGUGGCUGUUAUUUGAUUAUGCAGAACAUGAUCUAUGGCACAUUAUCAAGUUCCAUCGAGCAUCAAAAGCCAACAAGAAAACAGUGCAGGUCACAAAGGGAAUGGUCAAGUCUCUCCUUUAUCAAAUCCUUGAUGGAAUUCGAUAUCUUCACUCUAACUGGGUUCUACACAGAGAUCUGAAACCUGCCAACAUCCUAGUCAUGGGUGAAGGAGUAGAACGAGGGCGAGUGAAAAUUGCUGAUAUGGGUUUUGCAAGGUUGUUUAACUCGCCACUCAAGCCAUUAGCUGACUUGGAUCCUGUAGUAGUAACCUUUUGGUAUCGAGCACCUGAGCUUUUGCUUGGGGCAAGACAUUACACCAAAGCCAUUGAUAUUUGGGCUAUAGGAUGCAUCUUCGCAGAACUAUUAACUUCAGAACCUAUUUUCCACUGUCGACAAGAAGAUAUAAAGACUAGUAAUCCAUAUCAUCAUGAUCAGUUAGACAGAAUUUUCAAUGUAAUGGGAUUCCCACAGGAAAAAGAUUGGGUAGAUAUUAAGAAAAUGCCUGAGCAUGCAACUUUAAUGAAAGAUUUCAAGAAAAAUAACUAUGCAAACUGUUCUCUAGUUAAAUAUAUGGACAGACACAAGAUCAAACCAGACUGCAAGGCUUUUAUGUUGCUUCAAAAGUUAUUGACUAUGGAUCCAACCAAAAGAAUUACAUCUGAACUAGCAAUGCAAGAUCCCUAUUUCUUGGAAGAUCCAGUUCCUACACAUGAUGUUUUUGCAGGUGGACCCAUACCUUACCCAAAAAGAGAUUUUCUGUCAGAUGAAGAACAGGAUGAUAAGUCUGAUAACAAGAAGAAGGUGUUCAUGGAGCAGAGCUGGACAAACCAACAAAGAGCAGCAGCUGCCAAGGGUGGUGGUGGUGGUGAGCCUGCAGCUAAAAGAGUUAGACUUGGUCAUCACCAGGGCAGUAUGGGUGGCCAGCAGAAUUUUUCUCACAUUCAGCGCAAUCAUCCUAGUCAGCAACAUCCAGGCCAUGUCCAACAGGGUGGGAUGAUGAGCUACAACAACACUCAACAAAAUGGAAAUUUCAGCCAUGGCCAGAGAUAUUAAAAAAUAAUGAUAAUAAUGAUAAAAUCUGUUCAUAUUUAUUGUUAUGGCAUUACCUACUGUACCACAUCCCAGGGUGAAGUUGAAAGUGAUAUUCUUUUUUUUAUUUAUCCAAGAAAAGAUAGUGUUCUUACCUAUAACAUGGAAUAAUGAUUGAUCAUUAUUUUAAUUAUUUUUGAAGAUUUUUUCCAUAUGAGGCAGCUGCCACUGCUUUUUACAAAAACCUCAAGAUGUUCCUAAAACCUGAACUUUCAAGAUUUCAGUUGCAUUUUCUUCCAUUACACAUCUUUGCAAAAAAGAGAAAGCGCAACACAAGCUAUGACUUUUGGACUGUUUCAGUAGUAGUGUGGUGAACUUACGGUUCAAAGGCCUCUUCACUAAACAAACAGAAUCAUUGACAUGUGUGAAAGCAUAGUUGAAAGGAAUGGCAUAUUAGGUCAUAAUCAUAUGACUGUAUCUUCCAUGAGUGAAAUCCAGACAACAGUUAUUGAAGUGAUAACAAAAUUUGUUUUGUUGGUAAUCCUCCCAGUUAAGCACCCAUGUGAUCACUAUUGGUAUUCAUUGGCACCAUUCCUAUCAUACUUCGUAAUACUUUGUGGACCAGAUUAUACAUUAAUGUGUUUUUUUCCACUAGUUACUACUAAAGUACUGACCUUAUAACCAGUGCUUUAUCAACAGUUGACAAAUGAUCAGUUGUUAUUUAGCACUUUGAAAACUGUAUUAAUUUAUUAUGUGAUUAAGUAUGUUUAAAUAUUUUAUAAUCUGUGUAUAUAUACAUUGUUGUACUCUUGCUUGUAUUUAUAAAUGCAGGCAUUAAUACAUAAAAACCGGUAUGUGUGUCGUGUCUGUUGUCAAGACAGUGUAUUUGGUGGAAUUCUGACUACAGGAAACAGCAUAUGUCGUAUGUUUACUUAUUUUUUAUAUUCAUUCAAACGAAACUCCAGAUUGUUAAAGAAAUGCUAAGUUAUUUGUCUUUUUCUUUAGUGCUGAAGUUUUUUUUAUGUAUUUGCAAUAAAGAAAAAAAAUGUUU